AUGAGAUCUGAGAAUGCUAAAGUAGCCUGCCUUGGUCCUGGAAACGCAUUCAGUGAUCUGACUCGAAAAGAGCUAUUGCAAGCAACAGAGAAGGCCUUUCGCCCUAAUUGGAAACUUUCUUGGUUCCUUCGGACUUACACUGCAAGAACCCUUUUGGGCUAUUAUAGGACGUCGGUAAAGAGGGCUAGAAAGCUUGCUCCAAGAGCCAAGAAGGCCCCGAAACGUAUCAUUUUUCAGAGAGGAGUCAUACCUCGACGAGAAGAUUUGACUAUUGAAAGUACAAAAGAGAAAGAGAAAGUCGAUGGGGACGUUGACGUGGAAUGGAUCCAAGAUCCUCAAGCACUGGACACUCCUCAUGACCAGCCGGCUCCAAGAAUCAUACUCUUUCUGCAUGGAGGAGGCUACUAUUUGUAUGACUCAAAGUGCUAUCGGGGUAUAACAUGGAGGCUAGCGCAUUUUGCUCAAGCCCGAGUGCUAUCGGUCGAUUAUCGUUUAGCUCCGGAAUCUCCCUUCCCAUGUGCGCUUCAGGAUGCACUUAGUGCCUAUUCGCACUUAAUCAGUCCUACGGACGGGAAGUCUCCAUGUUACAGCCCGUCUCAAAUCGUGAUAUGUGGUGAUAGUGCUGGUGGAGGUUUGGCAAUAGGGACCAUGUUAUACAUUAGAGAUCAUCCAGAUCAGUUCCCGCUUCCAGCUGGAUUGGUGGGGAUCUGUCCCUUACUGGAUUUAACCAGCUCCAUGCCGUCUGUGCAAAUCAACCGAGUCUGGGACUAUCUUACAAAGAAUCCGAUAGAUCCUAUCUGGUGUCAUGAGAACCGGCAGCACGUCUACAUUCCAGACAAUUCGUAUUUCAAGCACCCUUAUGUAUCUCCAUCUUUUGCCACUGAAGACGUAAAUCGUCCCAUCUGCCCCACCUUGAUCCAAAUUGGUGAAGUAGAGCUAUUUAGGGAUGAAAGUAUCUAUUGGGUGGCUGAGACCUUCAAGCACUCGCCAAUAAGUCUGGAGAUCUAUGAGGACUAUGUUCACGACUUCCAUCUCGUUAUGCAACCAGCCAACACCCUCCAAGCAUAUCAACGCAUUGGGACAUUUGUCAAAGACAUAACGAGUGGAAAACCAUUCGACGUGGUUGGUGAGAAUCGGACAGUCAAAGUGUUUUAUAAAGAUAAAAGCAUGAAACCGGUGGAUGGUAUGAAGUAUAUAGAGGAUGGCUGGGCUUUGCUGCGGGAAUACGCUGCCAAGAAUGCUGCUGUUGCUGAUGGGCAGCAAAGCAGGGUACCCAUUAAGGCCAAAACUGAUGCAGCAGAUGAAACGAACACCGAUGCAAUACAAACCGCAGAUGUGUCGGCACAGAGCCUUAUGAAGAGGUUGAGAAAGGUCUUCCGGUAUUGA